GAUACGGAAGUGAAGAAAGCGAAGGGAUCGAUGGAUGUCGGAGUUUGACUUGUCUGGGGCUGGUAGUGAAGGACGUCAAUGGCGGAUAUAUUAAAUGUUGUUUUUUCGAAGGAGUGCGACGCCGUCUCCCAGAAAUAGCGACAAAGCCCCCUAGAGCCUGCAACGUGGGGAGAUUGGGAUGACGUCGUGGGGGUGGUCUGAGCAUGGUGAGCUUGAGACAGCCCUGAGUGAGAGAGCUGACACUGACACCACCACUGACACCACCACUAUCCAUCCUCCCUCCCCCCAAAAUCACUCUGCACCUCACCCAAUGCUCAUUCCAGUCUCAUGUCCCAUGCCCAUUUCUAUUUCCAUUUCCAUUCCUGUUCCUAUUCCUGUUCCUAUUUCGAUCCCUAUCCUUAUCCCUAUUCCCAUUCCCAUUUCCAUUCCCGCUCGUAUAACCACACCUAGAGCUGUGAUAGAAAUAUACGAUAAGAGAAACAGGACACUUGUUCGCAUGCAUGGCCCAUGUACUCUCCCAAUUCGCCGCCGGGAAACAGGCUUCUGCUUCGCUCCCCAGCGACGCAUUGCAUUCUGCACAAGAAGGCCAGACCCGUUCCAAGACCGCUCAGUAUGCAGCAAAGGCACAGCGACGCAGUUGCAUGUCGAUCGAUGCCUGGAACGAAAUUCGAGCCACGUGAUGCUCGUGUUAUUGCAUGAUUGACUGCAUCAUGUAGGAUCUUCAUGCCAGAUGUAAUCUUUUACGCAGGUACGACCCGAGGUUGUAUUAACUUUGUGGUGCCCAACAGCCUGGCCUCCUUUGUGGUCAAGGUAUGUGGUAAAGUAUCAU